AUGCGUCCAGUCCUCCAGCGAGGUGUUCGGACUCUGUCUUGGACUCGAGUUGUCCCUCGUGCCUCCCGACACGCGAGAUGUAUCCAGAUUCGCGCGACUCCCUCUGAAGAGCCGACGGUCAACGGGGACCACUUACCCCUCGCCAACACGCCCAGCUCGGCGGAAUCUCGAGAUGCCCGGUUUGAUGUCGUCGGUGCACCAUAUUCGCUCCUUUCGGUCUCCCUCUCGCCCUCGCAAAACCUAUACACGCGCCGUGGAACUCUGGUCGGAUUGAGUGGAAAGGCAGACAAUGUGGUUUCAACGUUGAGCGUUCUAGAACCCUUCCGCAGGGCUGUUGUCGGCACCCCAUUCCUGUAUCAGAAGGUCUCUUCGGCGAGCCCAGUCACAGCCCUCAUUUCCGUUCGGUCUCCAAAUACCUCCUUCGCUGUGGUGAAUCUUAAUGGAUCUGUGGAUUGGAUGGUCGCCCAGCGGCGUGCAUUGCUGGCAUGGACGGGCCGGUCUUUGUUCAUUAAGCCAACAAUUAACACUAGCCUGAGCUUGUCUCACUGGGGUAGUUCCGAAAUCACCGGGCGAGGAUUGAUGGCGCUUGUUGGAAACGGCCAGAUAUACUCCGUCGAUUUAAAAGAUGGCGAGCAGUAUAUUGCCCAUCCUAGCAAUGUCGUUGCCUACACCAUGUCCUCGAACCCACCUCGGCCUUACCGUUUCAGGUCCACAACCCUGAACUUCCAAGUUCCAGGCCUGAAGACCCUGCCUAGACUUCUGCAGGGUAACAAAUUCAUUCGCGAUGUGUCUGACUCGAAGGCAUGGAAGAACACCAUGGGCUUCCUUCACAAGCUUCGAACAUGGUCUCGAAUGACCAUCUGGGGAGAUAGGCUCUUCCUUCAAUUCGAUGGACCCGCGACUGUUCUCGUUCAGUCCCGCGGACCUCGCGUGAAUGAUAUUCUGUCCAGCCGCGAAGUCAACGAAAUCGCCGACUCUCCUCGAGGACUGACUCGCUCUCCUCAGCAGGUUGAAUCAAGGAAAGAGGCGGAGGCAGCCGUCAACGGUGUCCCAGAGAUCGCUCAGUCAGUCGAGAACCUGAACCAGGAGAUUGCGGGAAUCAGCCAAAGCAUCGCCAAGAUCCGCAAGGACGGCAAGGUUGAGGCCGAAGAGGUCAGCCACACCAAGGCCAUCUAA